AUGGAAGUCGGCCACCAGAAACCGAAGAAAAGACCAACAAAAAUUGAGGAGAUGAGUAAGGAACAAAUACGUCAGGCUAUUCUAAAGAAACGUGAGUGCAAUGCAAGAGCCCAACAGAUUGUCGAGAGCCUCUUAGAACAGAGUGUUACAGAAACAUACUUGCUACAAUGCUUGCCAGACAUUAACCAGGCUCAUUUUGAAGAUAUCUUCGAAGAACGAUCCAUUAUCCACUUGUGUGGCUAUCCAUUAUGCCCGAAGACAUUGUCAAAGAAAGAUAUACCUAAACAGAAGUACAGAAUAUCAUUGAAGACUAACAAAGUGUAUGAUAUCACAGCCAGGAAGAACUUUUGUAGUAACGCAUGUUACAAUGCUGCUUUAUACGUCAAGAAACAGAUGUUGACCAGCCCGCUGUGGUUCAGAGAGUAUGAGAUCAUUCCGACAUUUCACCUCUUGAAGGUAGAUGCAAAGGGAUCAAUGGGAGAAGAAGUAGAUGUAACACUGAAUGAGAGAGUUAAAAUCACAGACACAUCAUCAUUUACUUCAGUUGAUGAUUUCACUAAUGCAAGUCUAAAUGAAAUGGCUCCACCAACUGAUGAACAAAACAAUGAAGAAAUAACUACACAGAAACAACAGGUAGGCCAUGAUAGUAACUAUCAAAAUGAUGUGAUCAAAACUAUUGCUUUGAUAAAUGAAGGAAUUGAGAAUAUUGACCUAAAUAGUGAUGACAAUCAGAAUAUGUCUAACACAUCAAAUGUUAAUGCAAAUCCUGAAGACAAAAAAGAAAUUACCCCAUCAUCUCAAGUAGAGGAAAAAGUUAACAUUAAAAACUCGAAAUCUGAACAAGAAAAAUCUACUAAGAAAAUGAAUAAAUCCGAAAAAAAUCCACUAAACAUUGUUGGUGAAAUUAUAGAAAAGCCUGAGAGGAAAAUUGACCCAAUAUUAACAACCCCUGUUACUACAGCUAAAGAAGAAAACAAACCCAGUAAGAAGGUGCCACAAAAAAAGCAACCUUUGGUAACAGCCCUAACUAUUGAAGUUGAAAAAUGUUUGGGUGAAUGGUUUACAUUGGACACUCUCCUCUUGUUAUUUGGGGAAGACAAAGUGAGAGAAAUGGUAGCUGAUAAAGGAGACUGUAUAAGGGAAUAUCUGAACAACUAUGCUAAAGGAAUAUUCUACAAUUCAAAUGUUUAUGACCAAUACCAAGCACUAUGUAAGAAGCUCAACAUGUUGGAGCUAGAAGAUAGGAAGUUUGAUAACCAGACUCUGAAGAGAGAGACCAAACCUCUACCAGACUACACUAUGCUGCAAGAAGAGAGUAAGAAGAUGCAGUUGAAAGUGAAAGCUUUCUUCUCUGGGGAGUUGGAAGUACCAGAACCAGUGGCUGAGGAACCCAUCCAGUCUUCAGAAGCAAUAGAUGAAGAAAAUACCACAAACUUGCCUUUAGUAGACAAGAAUUCACAAAACGCUUUGCGCAGGAGAAUAGUUUGCCAUCAUUUGAACAAAGCAUUACCUGACAUCCUCCGAUCUCUUGGCCUACUCAGUCUUUCCAUAAGUUCUGACAUUCGUUUGUUAGUAAAUACCUUUAAUUUGAAGGCAAAUAACAUUAUGUUUAAGCCUAUACAGUGGACAUUGAUAGCUAUUAUAUUUAUUAAGCUUUUGUCUCUACGGGAUAAGAGACUGGAGCAUUUGUUGGAGCAGCCGACUGCAUACCAGCACAUGCAGUUGUUACUGCUUAGUUAUAAGCAAGAUGGCGGCUACUUAGAUAGACUUAUAUGCUGGCUUACUGAUGUAGAUAGGCUAUUAAAUACUACUGAUACACAAUUGACUAUAGAAUAA